ACCCCCUUAAAAACUGCUGACAGGUGUUUUUUGGCCCCACCUCCACUAUUUCUUCUAUGUUUGAUAAGAUUUUUACAGUCAGUCAAUUCCAGCAACUAUCAAUCAUGUAUUUUUGUAAUAUUUGCAAAAUGCUUGAUCUAUUAAUUUUCUUUUUUUAUGUGACAAUGCAGAAAGAAAAUGACAAGGAACAUAAAGUAAGAAUGGCCAUUGGCAACGGGAUCAGAGCAGAGAUAUGGAGGGAGUUUCUCAAUCGCUUUGGAAACAUUCAGGUCCGAGAGUUUUACGCCUCCACAGAGGGAAAUGUGGGAUUUAUCAACUACGCCGGGAAAAUUGGAGCUAUUGGGCGAGUUAACUUUUUUCAUCAGAAGCUGUUUCCCUUCACUCUUAUUAAGUACGACACGGAGCGGGAUGAACCGAUUCGAGAUGCUAACGGCCUCUGUGUGGUGUCGCUCAAAGGUGAGACAGGACUGCUGGUGUCGAAGAUCACAGACAUCGCUCCUUUCGUGGGAUACGCCCAGAACGAGGAACAAACGGAAAGGAAAAGACUUCGCAAUGUUCUCAAGAAGGGAGAUCUUUACUUCAACAGUGGAGACCUAAUGAAGAUUGAUAAAGACAACUUCAUUUACUUUCAGGAUCGUGUAGGUGACACAUUCAGGUGGAAAGGUGAGAAUGUGGCCACAAACGAGGUGUCUGACAUCCUGACGCUCAGUGAUUGUCUCAAAGAGGCCAACGUUUAUGGAGUCCAAGUGCCAG